UCACACAGAGGCGGUAACGCUCUCUCUCUUCUCUCACACACCUCGAGUCCGUGUCUCUCAGCCGGCCGCUGAGACAUGAGGAGAGGAAACGCGGAGCACGGACACUGCUGCCCGAACGUGGACACGGACGGACACACGGUCGCCUCGUGAAGCGCGUCGAACACAACGUGGAAAAAAAAUUAUGCGUGCAGCGGCCGCGCGCAUCGAAACAGACAAAAAAGCAGCAGCACCGUUUUCACUCCGGUCUCCAGCAUCAUCAGAAUCCGUGCGAGUGGAGGAUUUGGAGACAAGGAUUUAACGCUAACGACGACGCGUAAACGAGGGGAGCUGAGCGUUUCUAGCCGAGGAAUACGCCUACUGUUCCGGGCAGAGAGAGGCGUCUAACCCCGCGGUCUGAAUCUUUAGUUAACGGAGCGAAGCCGAGCUGACGGAGCUGCGAGAUACUGAGGAAUAAACAAACAGAGCGAUCCGCCUCAGAGCCGGCUGGCUGAAGAGGAACACGAAACGGACGACAGACGGAAGAUGCCUCACACCGGAUUUACCUGAAGAUGCUCCUCAAUCUUUGAAGCACAACGUUCCUGCUGUGAAAGGCCUCCGAUUGUAAUUCAUCACUGGGAUUAAACUAAAGUUUUGGAAUUGUUACCGAUUUGCCUUUUGACUGUCCGGAAGGAAGAUGGAGAGAAGAAGUGUUGGGACUGAGAGCUGACUUCUCAUUAGGCAUCAGAACAGUUAGUAAGUGUCCUCCUGUGUCAUUUUGAGCCUAAAAAAGCAAGAAAAAGAAGAGAGAAAAGAGUGAGAAGAAAGGAGUUUCACUUUCCCUCCGAGCGAAGGCCAGUGCUAGAUCUGUACAAGGGUCUGUACGAGAGGGUGUCCACUGCAAAAGAGAGACGGGGACUGACACAGAGCCAGAGCUCAGGAGGGGGCGGCGGGGGAGUGGGAAAGGUCAUUCGCCAUGGCGACAGACCCCGGAGAGCCCACUGCCACGGAGGAGUCGUCCGGAGAGAAAGCUGAUGGAGAGAGGGAGGAGGAGAGGGCACAGGGGAGCCGGGCGGUCCGUGAGAGAGAGAGGACACGCAGCACACCCUCCGACUUCCCCUCUAGCCAGACAGAGGAGAGGAGAGCCGGACGAGGAGAAGGCGCUGGGGGGAGAGAUGGAGGCAGAGAAGAUGGCCAGGAAGUAGAGGGUCCAGCUAGGCCUUUAUCUUUCUCCACACCAUCUUCGCCAGCUGCUGGCGGACCCCGUCUGAGGCGUGAGAACAAGCGCUUCUUCCGCAAGAGUGUAGAGAUCUGUGAGGAGGAGGAUGAGCUUGAGGAAGCUCCGGAUGCCCCUCACAGUGCCCCCCAGUUUGAGCGUCGUGCCUCGGACUCUGUGUUUAGCGGUGGAGACCAGCAGCUACCCGCCAGUGCCUUGGCUGCCUUGGGCGAAGAUGGCACCCAAGGUGGUGCCCAGGACCCUGAGAAGGGUGCCUCGUCAGUGCCUGCUUUGAAGGGGAAGGAGCGGGACCAUGAACAGGAGGAGGAGGCAGAGAUGAAAGCAGUGGCAACCUCGCCUGGCGGUCGCUUUCUCAAAUUUGACAUCGAGCUUGGUAGAGGAGCCUUCAAAACAGUUUACAAAGGCCUAGACACUGAGACUUGGGUGGAAGUGGCCUGGUGUGAAUUACAGGACCGGAAGUUGACCAAGGCGGAGCAGCAGCGAUUCAAAGAGGAGGCUGAGAUGCUGAAGGGUCUACAGCAUCCCAACAUUGUGCGUUUCUACGACUCCUGGGAGUCAGUGCUGCGAGGAAAGAAGUGCAUCGUCCUAGUCACUGAGCUCAUGACCUCAGGAACACUUAAAACAUACCUGAAGCGUUUUAAGGUGAUGAAGCCAAAGGUGUUGCGCAGCUGGUGCAGACAGAUCCUGAAAGGCCUGCAGUUCCUGCACACCCGCACACCACCAAUUGUACACCGGGAUCUCAAAUGCGACAACAUCUUCAUCACAGGCCCUACUGGCUCAGUGAAGAUUGGAGAUCUGGGCCUGGCCACGCUCAUGAGGACCUCCUUUGCUAAGAGUGUCAUAGGUACCCCAGAGUUCAUGGCUCCAGAGAUGUAUGAGGAGCACUAUGAUGAGUCUGUGGAUGUCUAUGCCUUUGGCAUGUGCAUGCUCGAGAUGGCUACUUCUGAGUACCCCUAUUCUGAGUGCCAGAAUGCUGCGCAGAUCUACCGCAAAGUCACCAGUGGGAUCAAGCCUGCCAGUUUCGACAAAGUAAAUGACCCAGAAAUUAAGGAAAUCAUCGAGGGCUGUAUUCGGCAGAACAGAGGCGAACGGCUCUCCAUUAAGGACCUCCUGAACCAUGCCUUUUUUGGCGAGGACACAGGAGUGCGGGUGGAACUGGCCGAGGAGGACACGGGCUGCCAGGACUGCUUGGCUCUGCGCAUCUGGGUAGAGGAGCCCAAGAAGCUGAAAGGCAAACACAAGGACAACGAAGCCAUCGAGUUCAGCUAUGAUCUGGAGAAUGAUAGUGCCGAGGAGGUGGCUCUGGAGAUGGUGAAGUCUGGGUUUUUCCAUGAGAGUGAUGCAAAGGUAGUGGGAAAGUCUAUUAGAGACCGGGUGGCUCAGAUUAAGAAGUCUCGUGAAAGACGGCAGCAGCAGAGUCUGGAGGAGCGCCGGGACUCCUCUGCCCUGGCUUCUGCCUCCUUCCCCUCAGUGCAACCCUCCUGUUCGUCCUCACUGGGUCCUGGGGCUGCCGCUGCUACAGCUGUUGCUGCUGUCGCUGCUGUCACUGCUGCUCCUGCAGGUGCAACUGGUGGGCAGGGCGAGGCAGAAGACCUGCCAGAGGUGGACCAACAUGUGCGACAGCAGAUCCAUAGCAGCGCCACACUGGGCCCUACAGAGGUGGAGGGCCUUUCUGCAGUCAGCGGAGAAUCAUUGGCAAGUGGGCAGAGCCAAGCCUAUUCCCUAGCAGGAGAUACAGGGAUCCCUUAUGCUCAUGCUCAGUCAAGCUACCCUCCUGGAACCUCUGUAGUGCAGAGUGCAGGGGUUGUGCCACAUCCCCAGAUGGUUCCUAUUGGUCAAAGUGGAGGGGUUCCAAAUGUGCCUAUUGGCCAGAGUGGUGGGAUAUCUGGCAUGUCCAUUGGCCAAAGUGGUGGUGGGGCUCCUAACAUUCCUGUGGCACAGACUUUCAUUCAACCAGUCGCUCUGGCAACACAGGUUACAGCUGGUGUACCACAGCAGUAUUCUCAGUCCCUUGCCCCGUAUCCCACAGAUGUGCCACAAAUGCCGCUCCACCAGCCGGGAGAGGCAGUAACUCCCCAUGCUUCGCUCAUACAGUCACAGUCAUACAUAACCCCCAUUUCACCCCAGGCACCCAUUAAUGUCCUGUCUGCUGGGGAACCCAUAGGAUCGUCACUGGGUAGCAUGAUACCACAAACUCAACAGCCUAAUACUGCACCUGUGCAAAAGUCUGAUAUAGUGCCCCAACAAACCACAGUUCAACCACAGCAAAUAGUGUUAGAUCCACAGACUGCACUGUUACAGCAACAGCCACCACCAUCACAGCAAGCAAAUUUAAAACCACAACCACAGGUAGUCCUAUUACAACAACAAAUGGACCAACUUCAGCAGCAGGGCAUUUUGAUGCAACAGCCUCCUGCAUCAUCAGGAUUACCACCACAGCAGAUAGAGCAGCCACAGGUAGUUUUACAGGAGCAGCAGCUGCAUUCAAGUGCAAUUCAGCAGCCAUAUAUCCCACAGCAGCAACAGCAGACUCUUGCUCACCCUCAGCAGAUAGAGUCUCAGCAACAGGUAUACACACAGCAACCUGGAGGAGUGCCCCAGCAACAGCAACCAGUAAUUCAGCCACAGAUCCAGCAACAGAUAUCAGUACAGCAACCCUCAAUGGAACAGCAGCAGAAAUCGCAGUUAUUAUUGCAACCACAACAGAAUCAACAGGUAUAUGUGCCACGGCAGGCUGGACCACAAGAGAAGACCAUGUUACAACAGCCAGCAGUGCUACAAUCAACCUCUCAACCAUUACAAAUUGUAGAGCAACAACAUGCAGCACUUGCUAUACAACAGCAAAUGGAACACCAAAAGCAGCAGCAACAGCAGAUGGAGCAACAACAGAUGCUUCUUCAACAACAGCAAAAUGCUGUAUUGCAACAGAAGAUGGAACAGCAAACUCUACAGCAGCAGCAGAUAGAGCAACAGCAAGCUAUUUUACAACAGGUAGAGCAGAAACAGGCUUUAUUGCAGCAUCAUUUAGAGCAACAGCAGGCUUUAUUGCAACAGCAACAGUUAGAGCAGCAUCAAGCUCUGUUACACCACCACCAACAGUUUGAACAGCAGCAAGCUUUGUUAACACAAAAACAACCACAAUUAGAACAACAGCAAACACUAUUACAGCAACAGCAGCUUGAGCAACAAGCUCUUGUUCAACAACAAUUAGAACAACAACAGGCACUCCUGAAACAGCAGCAGAUAGAGCAGCAACAGCAAGCUCUUUUGCAGCAGCAGCUAGAGCAACAACAAAAGCAAGCUCUUUUACAGCAGCAGCAACAACAAGCUCUACUCCAACAGCAGCAACAACAGUUAGAACAACAAGCUCUAUUGCAGCAGCAGCAGUUGGAGCAUCAGCAAGCUUUGCUACGCCAGCAACAACAGCAGCCUAUACUGCAGCAAACUCCACAGUCUCAAAUACAGCAACAGACUGAGCAACAAGCAUUUCAGCCUCAGAUUGAUCAACAGCAGCAGGCGUUACUACAACAGCAGAGAGAACAGAAGUUGCAACAACAGGCACUACAACAACACCAACAACAACAGAUGGAGUUACAGCAGCAGCAGGCUCUGUUUAAGCAACAGCAGGAACAGCAGCAGAUACAGCAGCAAGCCUUGUUGUUAACACAACAGCAACAGCUGUUGGACCAACAAACCGCUCUUGGGAAACAUCAAAGUGGACAACAGAAAGCUAUCACUCUUGAGAUUGUACAACAACAGCAGCAGCAGGCCCUACUCAAGCAGCAGCAAGAACAGCAGCAACUACAACAGCAGUCCUUGUUAUUACAACAACAGCAUCAUCCACAGUUGGACCAACAAACAGCUCUUGGGCAACAUCACAGUGGACAACAGAUAGCUGUCGCUCUUGAGACGGCACAGCAGCAGCAGCAGGCACUACGCCAGCAGCAGGAACAGCAGCAGCAGGCUCUACUCAAGCAACAGCAGGAACAGCAGCAACUACAACAGCAAGUGUUGUUACUACAACAGCAGCAACAGCAGCAACAGUUGGACCAACAAGCAGCCCUUGGGCAGCAUCACAGUGGGCAAAAACAAACAACAAUACUUGAGACAGUUCAACAAAUCAGUCAGAUACCGCCAUGUAUGACUCAACAGAUCACAUCCCCACCCCAUCAGACACAUACAAGUCUUACUCAGCAGCAAAUAGAGCAGCAGCAACAAGCAUUUAUUCAGCAACAAACUGUUCUCUCACAGCAGCAACAUAGAACAUCUGUUGUGGAGUCACAGGUUCCAGCUGUUGUUCAAGCAGCACCACAGAUGGUUAGCUCUCAAAUUCCAAGUCAAAUGCAAAAGCCAGUGCACAUUCAGCAACUUAUGCCAGCCCCAUCAACAGUUCAUCAUCAAGCACAAGUGCAACAUCAGAGCCAAGGCGAUCCUGCUCUGCAAAUCCAUGGUCAAAUCCCAGUGCAGAUCCAAAGUCACUCAGCACCACAGUCAGCAGUUCCAACUCUGGGGCAGGCUCAGCCCACCCAGUUUCAGAUUCCUCAAGCAACACAACAAAUUCAAGCCACAGUACAGACUCAAGCAGCGGUACAGUCACAAAUACAGACCUAUGCUGUCCCAGGUCAGACACAGGCUCAAAUGGUCAUACAGGGACAGAGUCUUCCAACUCAAGUUGUACCACCUCAAGCUGUAGCUCCUAUCCUAGGUCAAGGCCCAGCAGCUCCAGCAGCUCAAGUACCAUGCCAAAUGCAGCCUCAAGUGCAGGCCCCUUCUACCUUGCUGCCAGCACAGUACACUCAAGCUCCACAGCUUGGUCAGCAGACCGUUCAGCCAGUUCAGAUGGACCUUAGACAUGCUACACAACAGCAUCAGUUACCACCUCAGCAGUAUCACCAUAUGGGGCUGUCUCCAGUAUCAGUGGGAAGUACCAUUGCUGCAUCCUCGGCUACUGUGGUUCCCCCCACCCUGAGCACUACACAGCAGUAUUUACAGCAGACAGGCCAGUCUCAAAUUCAAGUCCAGGCACAGGCUCAGCCUGUCCUACAGGCACAGCAACAGCCAGUUAGCUUGACAGCGCAGACUGUCAUGCAGCCCAUUCCACAUGUACAACCUCAGGUUCCUCAACAUUAUGAACAGCAGAAACAGCAAGUUCACCAAGUGCAGCAGCAACCAGCACAACCGCAGAUUCAGGCCCAGCCAGUUUUAUCAUCUGUACAGCAGCCUCUUUCAUCACAGCAAUCCUCAGUGGCACUAGAUCAACCGCAAUCUCAGCUAGCAUCUGUCUUGCACCCUGUAGUUCCUUCACAAGUCCCACCGAGUCAGGUUCCUCAGACACAAGUUCGAACAGCCCCACUUUACAGUCAGGUUGUAGCAGGUCCACCACCUUCCCCACAACACCAGCCACAAACAGUAGUCCCUGCCCACACUCACACCCAGACGAGCACUCAGGCACAAACACAUAUCCACACACAGACACAUAUUCAAACACAGGCGCACUCACACACACAGACACACACUGAGACCCCAGCCACAUUUGCACAGCCACCUUACCCGCAGGCUGCAUUUCAGCCCCCACAGAUACCCUCCAGUCCAUCCCAUACCCCCUUCCACACAUCUACCACCCUGACAAGCCUUCAGCCUGCUCCCCCAGCUUCAGAACUCCCUGCCCCAGCUCAGAUACAGCAAAGCCAGGCUGGUCUAACUAAUAUAGUUCCUACCUCCCCUCCUCCUGUCCAUGCUUCACAGCCCCUUGGUUCUAAUGGCCCUGCCCUCCCCCCGACUUCACUGGCAGACUGUGACUCUGCACUGCUGGGCAUUGCGCAGGAGAGCCCAAACCAGUCCGCCAACCGACAUUCUUCAUCAGGCCCUGCCCCAGUCAAUGGAGAGGAAUCUCAGUUACUGUUGGUCAAUGGGAAACUGGAGAGAGUGAAGUCUCAAAGGAGAUCUUCCUACCAGCGGCCUGAGAGAACCACUCACUUUCAACUAAGCAUGCUUCAGGUAUCAAACACUGGAGACAACAUGGUGGAGUGCCAGCUCGAAACUCAUAGUAACAAGAUGGUCACUUUCAAGUUUGAUAUUGAGGGAGAUGCACCUGAGGACAUAGCAGAUUACAUGGUUGAGGAGGACUUUGUCCUUGAUUCAGAGAAAGAGAAAUUUGUAGGGGAUCUGAGGGCUAUAGUGAAGAAAGCCCAGGAGAUUCUUAGCACUCAGUCACAGACUGGAUCUAUGGAGCAGUUACAUGUGAGCACGCCAUCAAGUUCAACUAUGGACUCUGCCCCUCAGUCUUCUCCAGUGGGUCGCUGGAGAUUCUUUAUCAACCAGACUAUUCGUCAUCGUGACUCUCAUUCCAACCAAGGAGCCUCCACUCCACCUCCAGGAGGGGAGAGCCAGGGCCCUCACACCACAGAAACUGAGAGAGCUUCAGACCAUGAGGGUUCACAGCACUCAGACAUCCUUUCUGGACUCGCGUCUCCCCCGUGUUCCUCACUUUCGGCGCCUUCGCCCCCUAGCUCCAUUGUGUCUGUCCCAGCCUCAGCUGCUGUUUCCUCAGUUCCUGAUGUCACUUCCUUGGACUGUGCCCCAUUAACUCUCCUCAUGUUCCCAGGCUCAGCAGCUCCUGCAACCCCUGCAGACAUAGCAGCUACCCCCCAGCCAGCUGCUGGAAAGGUGUCUGCAUCCACCAUUCAAGCCCCAGUUCCCAAUUUGGCCUCUGUCCUUCCUGUUACCCCAUUCCCUGCCCCUGAAACUGUCCCUGCUCCUGCUGCCAGCAUGGCCUCAACAGCCAGCUUUGGACCUGGAGAUACUGUUGCCAUAGUGCACAGAUUGCCUGAGAGUCAGCAGGCUCUUUCUGGCACUUCUGCUCAGAGCACCCCAUCAGCUUCUGUGGUAAAUCGUGGUGACCAUGUACAGCAGCAACAGCAGCAGCAAUUACCCCAAGCUGCAUUACCAACAGCACAGAAGGCCGAGAUACUCCAGCAAGUUCUCCCACCUCAACAACUCAAAGAGACUCAGCCAAUACAGCCUGCAGUGGCAAGUAUCGAUCAAGCUCAAAUGCAACAGAAGCAGCUUCUGCUACAGCAGCAGCAACAGUUGCAUCAGACAGUGCAACAAACAAUGCAGCAGUCAGUGCAUCAGCUAGCCCAACAAGCACAACUUCCGCCUAGCCACACAGAAAUGCACACCUUGCCACAGCCUAAGCUGAUAGAGACUGUGCCCCAGCCUCUAACCCAAAGCGGUCUUGUCAAAGCCCCUGAACAGAACAUACAGUAUGUGGCCUUUCAAACUCAGCAUCCAGUAUCUCACUUGCCCCCCACACAGCAGUUAGUACUACAGCAAAUACCACAACAGCAGGGGCAGCCCGAACCUCCACCACAACCACCAGGUCAGCAGACUGUUCACUUACAGUCUCACAUUCCUCAACAGCAAGCCAGCCUGGAGCAGAUGCAGCCACAGGCAGUAGUGCAGCAGCAGGCAGUCCCCGUGCAGCAAUAUGUGCAACAGGAAAAAGUACAGCCUCCCACUGUGCUGGCUGUGCAGGCGCAACAAGCUUUUCAAACACAAGAUCCCUUACAACACAGAGCACAGGUUCAGUCUGUGGUUCCACAGCAGGAACCUGCUGAGCAAAUGCACCCCCAACCUAUGGUACAGCAAGUGCCACAGGAGACGCUACGCUCUCAGCCCACAGCACCGCCUGUACAGAAGCAGCCAUCUUUACAGCAGUCCGAAUCAGAGCAUUCCACUGGCGAGGCCAGCAUUACAGAGGAUAGCCAGUCUGCUCCUCUGCAGCCUUCAUCUGAUGUUUCGCUGCCCCCUCUGCCACUGUUGGAGACAUCCCUGCCAACCUUAGCACACGUGCUCACACCCUCCCCUGCUCAGCCUUCAUCGGUAGCUGAAUCAGACAGUGAGGGCCCCCCAAAAAUUGAGUUUGUAGACAACCGCAUAAAAACACUGGACGAGAAGCUGAGAACUCUGCUGUACCAGGAGUACAGUGGCAGCGGAUCCACGUCAGCAGGCUCUGCUUCUGCUUCUACACACGCCCCUGCCUCUGCCUCGGCCACAGCUUCUGUCUCCGCCGGGGGUGACGAGUCAUCGGAGUCCCAUUCGCUGCCUCCAUCCGCCUUCCCACCUCCUCCAGCCUCCUCCUCAGACACCUCUCCACACUCCUCCUCCUGUACAACCUCCUCCACCACCUCCCGCUCCUCUUCCACUUCUCCAGACGGAGAAAAGGAGAGAAUGGAAAAAGAGGACGUGACCCAGUCCACCCCAGCCCUCUCCACUGCUGUGGAGCGUCAGCCCUCCUCCUCAUCCUCCCCUCCCUGCUCCCUCCUGUCCCACCCACAGGAGCCUGCGCCUGGACCUACGCCUCCACCUGGUGAACCCACAGUCCUUGCUGCCCCUUCCCUUUCUGAAAGCAGUUCCCCUGGAGACGUCCUGUGGCCUCCCCCCUCACAGCAGCCCAUCCCCCUGCGGCCUGGACAACAGCAGCAGCAUAAUGCAGGAGGUGGAUAUUUUGGCCUAAACCUGACAUGUCCUAGUAUCAGAAAUCCUGUUAGCAAGAAAUCCUGGACUCGCAAAUUCAAAAGCUGGGCAUGCAAACUGCGCCACUCCGCCAGCUUGUUCAAGAAGCCCAGAGUCCAGCAAGAUGGAAACUCCAGCAGUCAGGGACUGAGAGAGGAGAAAGAGAUGCCCUCAAAUAUCCAGCCUUGCACACGCAGAGGACGUUUCCAGGUGACCCCAGUGGUCCAGCCUACAGACCCACCUACCCUACCAGAAGCAGUUCCAGUCGAGGGAAGUGUCCACAGGACAGUGGGGCGCUUCUCAGUCACACAGGCUGAGCAGAGAGAGGAUCGGUUCACGGACAGCUCCCCUGUCUCACCAGACCUGGAGAGGGAGAGAAAGAGAACAAAAGGGAAGGAAGGAGAGAAGGAGGAGAGGAGGACCCCAGUGCCUGGCCACCACCCUCCACGCAGCCACACACACUCUCCAUUGGGCAGCAGCGAUGAUGAGAGUGAGGUGGAGGAUGAGGACCUGAGGCGGGAGUUGCAUAAGCUGAGAGAGAAACACAUCAAAGAGGUUGUGUCCUUGCAGGCGCAACAGAACAGAGAACUGCAGGAGCUCUAUAAGCAGCUGCGUAGCCUCAAAGACCAGCGGCAGCCCUUGCCACUGUCCCGGACCCCUCCACUCCCCACUGCACCACUGGCUAUCUCUCCACGCAGACCCCGCCCUGCCAAAACCAAGCUCCGCCUGCGCCCCCAUUCUCACAUGGACAACAAUGGCGUCACACACCAAGGGAGUCUCCAGCAGUCCAGCAGUUAUUCUGGUGGAGAGCAAGCCAGACUGCAUUCCUCCUGCAACCCAGAAAAAACAUUGACCAGCAGGAGAGACCACAGUCCUCCAGCCCAAGGUUCAGCCAAUAAGAAGAGCACAUUCACAGACGAACUGCACAAACUCGUAGAUGAUUGGACAAAAGAGGCUGUUGGGCCUGCCCAAACUAAACCUUCACUCAAUCAGAUCAAGCAGAUUCAGCAAGUGCAAGAGUUAGGAGGCUGGAAUCAGACUACUGAGGCUUCACCUCCAGGCUGGUUCCCCACAACCCCCCUAAACAACAAGAACGCCACAGCGUCAUCCGGUCUUUCUACCAUGACCUGCCCCUCCUACAGCAGUACAGCAGGCCAAGCUCAGCCACCCCUGACACAGGCCCCAAUCGCCUCUCUGGCACAGCAGAGCCUUCACCUGCAGACCCAGGCCUUUCAACCACUGCAAUAUGGCCAGCCGCCGCUGCACCUGCAGCAAAUGCAGCUCCUGCCGGGCUCCCUGCCUCUGAGCCAGCCACAGCUUCUGCCCCAGACCCAGCUGCAGCCCCUGGCCGCAAUGGCCAGCCUACCUGCCUCCAGUGUGCCUGCACCUUUGCCCCCUCACACCGCCCCCUCCUCCACACACAUCAGCACUGCAGGGCCCCAGCUGGCCCCACCCACCAGCAUCACCGCUGCCAAUAGCUCUACCUCCACGGUUGCUGGCCAAGAUGCCAUCACCGUGGCAACCUUUUGCUCCUGCUCCUCCACAAAUUCAUCAUGCUCCUCCUGUUGCUCCACGUCUGCCCUGUCAGCCAGUGCCAAACUCCACCCAACACCCCCCGCCUCCGCCCUUCCUUUAGGACAGCAGUGAGCGACAGACAGGUGACAGUGAGGACAAAGAGGAGAGGAGCAUAAACAAAGAAGGCAAAGAAAGGAAAGAAUAGGUUUCCACUUUGAGAAUGUGAAAGCAUAACAUGAAUCCUAAUGUACAGUUUGUACAGAAAUAAAACUAGGAACCAGGAAGGGGGUUCUGAGUGUCAGUGUGCAUGAGUGUGGGGUGUGUAAAUUAUGUAGUGCGUGUGUAUUUGUGUGUGUGCGUGAGUGAGUGUUCACUUUUUUUCCCCAUAUCCUCUGUGUGUUUCUGCACUGUUGAGAUUUAUAUCCAACGCUGUUGGACCUCAACUCUCCCUAUAUAGAGAUAUGAAAGAAGACCUUUUUGACAAAAAAGAUCAUUUUGUUUCAUCUAUCAACAGUUCUGUUAAAAGGACUAUUUGAAUUUUAAAAAAAGUGCAAUUAGUAACUGAUAUUUGAAUUCAUCUUUCUGUGUUGUUGUGAUGCGUUUCUGUAUAGCUUAAAGGACAUAUUUUUCAAAAUACGCACGGAGGCAACAACCAGAUGUUAAACAGCGAGCCGGCAUUUUAAGAGAAUAUAGCACAAAACGUCUCAAUGAGCAUCGAAGGGCGGAAGUGAAGCAGUUAUAGCGAUCGCAUGUCCCGCAACAGAGCAUGGUAACAGUUACCUGGCAACCAUCAUCUUAGCUAUGAGGCCAACCUAAACACUGUUGUACAGUGUAGUGCACGGAUUAGGCAUGUUCUUCAUGUUCUUCUAUUUUACAUUGAUUAAUAGUGGUAAACUUUUUAGAUUAGGUAAGGGAUUUUUUAGAGUAACACCGAUAGGGAUCAGCUGUCUAAACUGAUUUAAGUCCAGUGUUUUACAGUGGAUCCUGGAGAGGAUCUCCUAGGUGUCUGGUUGAAUGACUAGAUUAAUGUAGCUAAUGCGACUGCAGUAUUUUCUCUUUCUCAUUAGCUCACUCUUCUUCUCUGAGGUUUACAAAAUUAACCCACAUCCCAUAAUAAGGACGUGCAGGACUAGAGCUUUUGUGACGCUUUGACUGAAGCAUACUCUGCUUGGUCUUGUAUAUGUGUUUUGCACAGCUACGUACGUGCCUCUGAGCACAUCAAACUGUGAAGAGGUAAUCCUACUGCGCUUUUUUUGUGAAGACAUGAGCAACAUUAUCAGAAUCUAUAUACAGAUACAUAUAUAUAUUCCUCAUCAGAUGAAACAUUUAAUGUGAUCUUAUUCUGUAACAGAUAAAACUGCCAAGCGAGUUUAAGAGUGGAAGACUUUGCACCUGGGCUGUCCUGACAGUGUGUUGCCUUUUAGAGUAGCCAUUUUAAAGUAGCUAUGUUAAAAGUCUGUUUUAUCCCCUGAGGUUCCAGUAUGUGGCGCUGAGGCGGCAGUGUCCCAGUCAGCACCUGAUAACUGUUUACACACAUGUUUACUCUAUACUUCUCCAUGCAAAAACAAACAAACAAAAAAAAAACAGGAAAUGUUUUAUUUGUACAUGCAAAGCCGUUGUUUGACAGCAGUUGGCUUUAAGUGUCCAGGUGGACAUUUUUCCUAGAAGUGUAUUUACCAUAGAAAAGCGACCAGCAUCUUGUUUAUGUGCCCAUUAAUGUUAUUUUGAAAAAAUGACCAUUGACAGAGAAUCAUAAAGCUUGAGCACAUUGUAACAUACAGCAAGUUUUGGGUGUAUUUUUCAGAAUUACAGCAGCCAGAUGGGAAUUUGUCAUGACAAAAGGAAAAAGUCAGCAAAAGGAAACAAAAAAACAAAUCUGAUUUGUGUUGUUACUAACUCAUGCUAUGCUUGAGCUUGUGGAUGUUUUUUAAAAAAAAGUGAAAAGGACAGUGGCAUGUGUGUAUGGAGAUUUAACUCAGAUUCCAGAAAACCUGUGUUGAUUUUUCAUUUUCUAUGACACAGCCCACUUCCCAGUAACCAGUGGCACAUAACUAACGGUGGUGAGUUUACGUGCUGUCGAGUCAAACACAUCUGCCACACGUCAUUGCUCUUUCCGACGAGUCACGGGAACUCGCCCUAUCCUGAAGUGUUACCAAAAUGUAAUCUAAAAGAAAGCAUUAUUUUUGUAUUUUGAACUGGGGUUGUAAAAAAUGUAAAACUAUGUAAUGAUCGGUGUUGAAAAAGCUGCAGUUACCUGAUGAUGGGACACAUUGGUCCUCAGCUCUGUUUGUGGAGAUCCCCUGCUUCAGCCGUAGCUCAGCCCUGAGAUUGCUUGUCUCUAAAGUUUAGGGUUUUUUUUUAAGAAUUUUUUUUUUCAUUUGAAUUUAAUUGAUGUGAAAAACUGUAAGUCAACUGUUUUCACAGUCUAGUGUCUAUUUGCUGAAAUUGUUAGACAUUUUUACCAGGGGACCCAGUAUUACUAAACUGAGCACCAAUGAUUGGAGGUUAUUUGAUCAAAAAAAAAUCUAGAAGACUAAACUUUUAUUGCUGGUGAUUUAGCUACUGUAAAAUUGUAACUAAUUCAAUUGUUGAUUUUAUUUAUGUUUUGUAACUAAUCAAAAUAAAA